CAGUCCCUCCCUGAUUCACUCGAUCAGCGUGUGUUUGUGGGGUCGGGUGGUUGGUGGAACAAGUUGCCGGGCAAGUGGUGCGUUGUGAACGCUUUUUUUCCGUUAACGAGACACUGCUGAAAUUUGCAUUACUAGCUGAAGAAGACUACCCCCGCUGACGACUUCCGAGAACAUCAUUCAACGCAGCGUCUGCGCCACACGCACAAGCAACAAACGCAGCCAGGCUAGCCGAUACUAGCCUGCUACUAGCCUCCCUGACGGGGAUCUGGGUGUUGAUACUAAUUACCCAUCAGCUCGCGUCUUUCCGCUGUAGCGUCGUUAGCCCGGUGGUUCUCUAGCACCCCGGCUGCUGUAGAGGUGGUGCCGUUUUGGUCACGAGCUCCAGAAUUCCAGACAAAAACGGGUAACGUUCCUCCAUAUCUGACCGCCUGAGAGAGAGUUGCGUUGGUUCAGACACCAUCACACCCAACCCCCCCACCCCAAACCCCUUCCACCUCUCUGCCCCUAUCUUUUCAUCACUCACCCGAAACACUGGACAUCCACAAGCGGCCGGACAGCGGCGAAGGGCCGGCGAAGCUGGGGGUGAUCGCGGUAGCGGACUCGCAGGGAGUCGCAGAGAAACACAACCGUGGGGAUCUACAGACGAGCAUGGACGGGCUCGCCGUGGAGGUUCGCGGCUCGAACGGGGCCUUCUACAAGGGUUUUAUCAAAGAUGUCCACGAAGACUCGCUCACGAUUGUAUUUGAAAACAACUGGCAGCCAGAGAGACAGUUACCCUUCAGCGACGUACGGUUGCCCCCUCCAGCCGACUACCACAAAGACAUCGGUGAAGGAGAGGAGGUGGAGGUUUACUCUCGGGCCAAUGAACAGGAACCGUGUGGGUGGUGGCUGGCUCGGGUCAGGAUGAUGAAGGGAGAGUUUUAUGUAAUAGAAUAUGCAGCGUGUGACGCCACAUACAACGAGAUCGUCACGUCGGAGCGCAUCAGGCCUCUCAAUCCCAACAGCCCCGCCACUCGAAAUGCUUUCCACAAGGUCACAGUCGCCGUCCCAGAAGACCUGAGGGAGAUAUGUGCGAACGAUGACGUCCACAAAGACUUCAGGAAAGCUAUUGGAGCCAACUGCAUCUUCUACAGCGCCCAAACGCACGAGCUCAUUGUGCUGUCUACAAACGAGACCACGGUGAAGCGUGCCGCUCUCCUGAGCGACAUGCAUUUCCGCAGCAUCCGUACCAAACUUAUCUUAAUGUCACGUAACGAGGAAGCCACCAAACAUCUGGAGACCAGUAAGCAGUUGGCGUCAGCGUACCAAGAGGAGGUACGAGUCAGAGAAGAUCUCAUGGGCCUUGCCAUCGGCUCCCACGGUGCCAACAUCCAACAGGCGAGGAAGGUUCCGGGUGUUACAGCUAUCGAGUUGGAAGAGGAGAGCUGCACAUUCAGGAUCUAUGGGGAGACUCCAGAGGCUGUGAAGCAGGCUCGUGAGUACCUCGAGUUCAAAGAGGACCACUUUCAAGUACCCAGGAACCUCGUAGGCAAAGUCAUUGGUAAAAAUGGCAAAGUCAUUCAGGAAAUAGUGGACAAGUCAGGUGUGGUUCGCGUCAGGAUUGAAGGAGACAACGACAAAAAGCUGCCGCGGGAGGAGGUAGGCAGGCAGGGGGCUGGCAGGGACGACACUGUCGGCAGCAAAGAGGGGAUGGUUCCCUUCGUGUUUGUGGGAACUAAAGAAAACAUCAGUAAUGCUCAAGCUCUGCUGGAGUACCACGUGUCAUACCUUCAGGAGGUGGAGCAGCUGCGCCUCGAGCGUCUCCAGAUCGAUGAGCAGCUCCGUCAGAUUGGGGUUGGUUACCGACCUCCUCUAAACCGACCCGGGGUCCCCGGUGCUGACCGGGAGAAAGGCUACCAGACAGACGACAGCAGCAAUUCGCUCCACACGUCUCGGACCUACGGCGGCCGUGGCCGAGGGAGGAGAGCCUCCAACAGCCAGCACCCCGCACACGGAACAAACUCUGAACAGUCCAAUGCUUCUGAGUCUGAGGAUGUCAUCGAGAGAGACCAGAGACCCCGCGGCAUCGGCAGUGAUGAAAGAGGCUCCAGACGGGGCGGCAGGGGCCGAGGAACCAACUCAGGUCGUGGUCGUGGUGGGUCUGGAUCCAAGCCUUCCAACUCCAUCAGCUCGGUUCUGAGGGACCCUGAUAGCAACCCCUACUCUCUGCUGGAGGGAGAGGGAGAGCUGGCUGAAGGAGACAUCAGCGAUGGUAUGGGAGGAGACCGCCGUAGACGGUCCAGACGCCGCCGCAACGACCAGGAGCCCAGCUUGAUGGAUGCAUCUGUGGAGUCAGACAGCCCGGCUGGGCCUAGUGAGAACGGGUUAGAUGAAGAAGCCCGACCUCAGCGCCGCAACCGGAGCCGCCGCCGCCGUAACCGUGGCGGCCGCCCAGAAGGAGGUUCAACCAGCCGUGAGAGACAACCGGCAGAAACUGUGACUGUUGCUGACUACAUAUCUCGUGCUGAAUCCCAGAGCAGGCAGAACCUGCCUCAGAAAGACAACCACGCCGAACCCAAGGAGAACGGCACCAGCGCAGAGAAGGAUGAGCGAACGCCUUCCAAGCGUUCUCCCAGCAAAGGCGUGACCUCGGCCAGCGAAAGCCUGACCUUGGUCAACGGGGUCUCGUAAAGAGACGACGCCCCUUCCCUGGUGAACCCAAGUCUCAAGCAAGACUCCAUGGCAAACUCAGUCCCUGCUUGCAUUAACGUAAACCUUAAACAGACGAUUGAAAGUUCCUGACAAAAUACCCGAGUUCAUACGAGAGCGGGAAAAAACGACAAACGCAUCUACUUAAAAUCUACACUCGUUAGCGGCGUAUGCUAUUCUAUCGAUCAGUAUUUAGUGCUUAUUUAAAAACGACCGGCUCGCCAAAAAGAGCUGGUGGGUACAACUUGAUUUCUAAAAGUACUGAAACACAAGAAACAGGACGAGACUUUUCUUUUUCUUUUUAAACGGUUGUCUAUUUUGUGUCUUUCCCUAUGUUGGUGUUAAUUCUGUUCAUGUUUAUCGCUGGUUUGGACUUGGCGGUCGCUCUCUCAACCAAAACAGAUGCGUCUCUGUGUUAAGUGCUGACAAGAGAGCCGUGAGCCGUAGGCGUGUGGGCAGACGGUCCGAUAGCCGAUGUAGUGCAAGGUUCACAUGCUGGACCUGGGCAUGAAGAUGGGCAGAUCGCAACAUUGACAGACAUUGUGCCUUGAAUUUGAAAUAAAAAAAACUUGAGUUUUUCCAGUAAGGUUGUUUUUGUUUCCAAAGAGGAAGACGUGUGGGAGAAGUACUCUUCCUGGUUUUCAUUUGUUUUAGAGGAAGGAACGGACUCACGAGGGAGUAAAACAGCGAGGCUGGUCAACACGAGGAGGUCUAGUGCCAAAAUUACUGAAUCCAAGCCGCUUGUCCUCAUUCCAUGUAGAAUGGACGGCAUUGGGUCGGUGCUGGUGCGUACGAGUUGGCUACAAAAAUCCUAAAAGCCCUGGGUGUUCUGACCCGAUGGGUUGUGUGCAGCCUCGUCUUGCUGCGUGUGGGUACUUUGAGGGUCCAGGGCUGCAGCUGUACGUUUUGAUGACGGGGGACGGGCCCAGACCAGACAGACGGCCGACUUGAACUACAGAAUUAGACGCCGUGCCUCUUUAAGUCCGAGGUGGUGUUGGGGCUAGCUUCCAGCCAUACUGGUAAACUCAGAAACCGCAGCAGCACGCGGCUCCUAACGCACAAGAGGGUCACCGUCUUUUUACUUUUUUUUUUUUUUUGCUGUGGGUGCUGCUAGUGGAAGAGAGGGGGAGGGCCAGGGGACUGCAGACUGGGAUUGGGACAGCUUCAAAUGAAAUGAGAGCCACAUGACACACCAGGCAGCAGAAGUCCACCGGGUCCUCCGUGUAGAACCAAGUCCAGGACAGGAGUGAGACCUUAAAGGAGAGGGGUGUUUCUUACCUGGCAGUGGAGAUGGACUGCUCUCUGCUCAUAUUGUUACCGUUGUCUUGGUUACUGCUCUCACUUUUCUUUUUGUUGCCAUUUCCACAUCUUAGAAAGUCUGAAAUAAAACAUUGAAAUCAA